UGUCCUUCCGAGAUCUCUGUAUUCCGGUGCAAGCAAGCGCAUCAGGCCCGCGACCGUGGAAAAACACGCCCAUAGAAUGACCCAAAGUCGGUUCGAGUCGCUGCUGGACGUGGACAGAGAUCAGUCCAAGAACCCGAGUGACGCCAGUCCAGUCAGUGACUCCUCUGAUGCCAGCGUGGAGCCCGCCUUCCGCCCCGAGCUGGUCCUGGCCCACUGCUUCCAGCAGCUCAAGCGGAAGGACUCGCACCUGCCCCGGAGUCGCCGGCGCAUCUUCAUCUUACCACAAAAGGAGGAUGCCCUGGGCGCUCCUGCCAGACCCCCGCCCCCUCCGCCCCCAGAGAGAAUCUCCUGCUACGAGGAAGUCUCAAAGGCCACCCAGGAGCAGCCAGAGGAUGUGAGCACCUGGGUGCGCCGGAGGAUGCGGCUCCGGCAGGACCUGGAGACCUUCGGUGACCUUGGCAAGUGGCUGCAGAACAAGAAUGACAUCACGGCCCUGGAGGCCAAGGUCUUACACGGGAUGUACAGGGAGCAAGAGACGGGCCUGAAGCGACGCCAGACGGUCACAGUGCAAAGGAAGAGAUCUUCGAGGCCCAUACCCCGAGUCGUGCCCCAGCUCCUGCUGCCCGUGCCCCCCGUGCUGCCCGGCCUCCUCUCCUUCCUGCACUUCCACAAGCUCAGGCUCCCGGACAUCUUCCAUGGGAAGGACCUUCGCAGCAGCUGGAAGGUCUCCAGGGAGGAAUUCCUUCAGGCGCUCAGGGAGGUGGGGGUCCCGCUGAGCCAGCAGGAGAUGGAGGACGUGGUGAUCUACCUCAGCUCCCUGAGCAAGGACAACACCAUCACCAUGAACAACCUGGAGACCUGCCACAAGCACUGGGUCGCGUCCCAGCGGAAAAGCGUCCUGCUCAACUGGAGAGAGUACUACAGGUCCUCCAAGCAGAGAACGCAGAAGGCGAAAGUCCCCAAGGGGCCGGCGCCCGUGGUGAUGGACUGGCUGACUGUGCCUGCGGUGGACACCAAGCCAGAGUCGCUGCCCAUGAGCCAGGAGGAGAGGGAGGAAGUGAGCAGGCAGUACCUCGAGAGGAGGCAGACGGCGAAGAAUAAAAAGCACCUGCAGCGCCAUGACACCAAGGACGCCACCCUGCCGUCCACCAUGGGUGGGGAGAUGAAGGACCUCCUCAACCACUUCCGCCAGGAGAACUUCCUGGUCUACCUGCAGUGCUGCAGGGCGUGCGAGUACUACGGCAUCCGGCUCUCCAAGGACGUCUUGGUGAAGGCCCUGCUGUACCCGGGAGACAAUGUCAUCUUCCAGAAGGACCACAAGCACCGCAUCCGGCAGCCGGGGGGCUACUACGACGACAAAUUCUUUGGCCAGAAAUAUACGAGCCCCAAGACAAGGGACCAGAAAACGGCCCAGAAAGCCAAGCAAAUGCCCUUCCAGGAGUUCGAGGACUUCCUCAGUGAGUCAUGGAAGACAUCUGAGUUCAUGCAGCGGACCGACCCCAACGCUUUCUGGCCGGGCCAACUCCUGGACAAGCUGCAGCUCUAUCUGCCCUCCCUGAGCAGGGACCGGAGCCUGGCCCUCUUCAGCUGUGUCCGGCCACAGCCCCCCGCCUACCCAACCAUCUACCACCCCGACCGCUGGUGGCCCAUGAAGAACAUGAGCUACGUGACCUAUGCCAACUACGAUGCCAACAAGGUGUACUUCAUUGGCUAGAGGGCUGGGGCCUGCCAGGCCGGUCAGCCGAGGCUGGCCCCGGGCACCAGCAUGACCCGGAGCCCCAGACCACAGCUCGGAGGCAGAGCCGGAUCAGCAAACCCAUUUCAGUGUGAUAACCUGGGCCAGUUUCUCCCGCGCCAGUGUCCUGUGUCCUAGAAGUACACGUGACCAGGGAUGGAGGGAGAAUCUUGAGGUGUCCCCCUCUCCUGACCUCUGUCCUCUUGAAAUAAACUGAGUUGGAGCGUGUCUCCUUCCUGUCAUUUGCAGAUGAGUCGAUG